AUGUGUUUCAAUGAUGAUUCGCAUAUGAAUUUCAUUACGAUUUUGCCGUCUGCCGCCAAGAUCCGUGCUACCUUUCCCUUCGACUGUAUAUAUGUGCGCGAUGAGUGUCCCAAUGAGCAUAUACAAUUUUGGCUCUACAAAAACAUCUCAACUGAACCACAACUCUUAGAUCCACUUAAUCUUAUAAAGGCCGAUUUCGAACCCCGCUGGCCUUUGAAAAUUCUCAUACACGGCUUUAACGGUAACCGUUAUGCUUCGCCGAAUCUCGAAUCGCGUUCAGUGCUCUUGCGCACCCAGCAGGUACAUGUGAUCUCAGUGGACUAUAGCAGGCUGGCGGCAUUUCCCUGCUACUACCCGUGGGCGGUGAGCAAUGCGCGUGUCGUGGCACGCUGUUUAGCGCAACUAACGGAUAAUUUAAUUGAGCGUGGCAUUUAUAUGGAUAAAGAUAUACAUUUGAUUGGCUUCAGUUUGGGCGCUCAGAUCGCUGGAUUGUCGGCUAAUAGUGUGAAGCAACCUUUGCGACGCAUAACAGGUUUAGAUCCCGCUGGCCCCGCCUUCGUUACUUAUAAUCGCAGCGAGAAGCUCGAUGCCUCCGAUGCCCAGUUUGUCGAUGUUAUACACACAGAUCCGUUCUUCUAUUCGACUUUGGAUCGCAGCGGUCAUGCCGAUUUCUAUCCAAAUUUAGAUAAGUUCUUUCAGCCUGGUUGUAAUAUUGUGCAAGAUGGUCGUUUACGUAAUUGCAAUCACUUUCGUGCACCGCUUUACUAUGCCGAAUCGAUUGCUAGUAAUCGCGGUUUUUGGUCUUAUCAGUGUGGUGAGUGGCUGAAAUUUGUCAUGCAGCAGUGUCGCGAAUAUGCCAACAUGCCACACACUCAAAUGGGCUAUUUCGUGUCUAAAAAUGCAUCUGGCUCCUACUUUUUGCAAACUGAAGCAUUCGCGCCAUUUGCCAAGGGUCCGAUUAUCGAUGUGGAACUGAAUAUAUCUAAACCAGCUGUAAAUAAUACAAAUUAA